UUCAGGUGGUGGAAGAAUCUUUGUCUGGUAGAAAACUUGAGUUUUACAAGGAAUCGACUGGUUGAAAGUUAUUUGUGGGCAGUGGGAGUUGCAUUUGAGCCUCAACACAAAAGUUUUAGAAAAUGGCUAACAAAAGCCAUAAAUUUCGUCCUAAUAAUUGAUGAUAUUUAUGAUAUUUAUGGAUCAUUGGAAGAACUAGAGUGUUUCACUAAUUCAGUUGAGAGGUGGGAUGACAAGGAAAUUCAACGACUUCCAGAGUGCAUGAAGAUUUGCUUUCAAGCGUUCUACAACACUACGAAUGAAGUUGCUCAUGAAAUUCAAAAAGAAAAGGGUUGGAAGAACUCAAUAUUACCUUAUCUACACAAAGUGUGGGCAGACUUUUGCAAAGCAUUACUUGUGGAAGCAAGGUGGUACAACAAGAGUUACACACCAACCCUAGACGAGUAUCUUGAAAAUGGGUUGGUUUCAUCAUCUGGACCUGUUCUUUCUCUGCUUGCAUUUUUCUCUGUUAUGGAAGAGACAACAAGAGAAGAGCUUGUAGAUCUUUUGGAAAAGAGUGAUGUUCUUGUGCAUUGUACAUCAAUGAUCAUUCGACUUUGCAAUGACCUUGGAACUUCUGCGGCAGAACUGGAGAGAGGAGAUGCUCCAUCAUCAAUCCUUUGUUUCAUGAGAGAAGCCAAUGUCUCAGAGGAGAUAGCCAGGAAGAAGAUUAGAACCACAAUAAAGGAUACAUGGAACAAAAUUAACCAUGAAUUCAUCACCCAAUCUCCUUUUUUGCAACCAUUUGUCAAAUACACUGUCAACACAGCUAGAGUGGCUCAUUUUAUUUACCAACAUGGAGAUGGUUUUGGUAAUCAAGAUCGCGAGACUCGAGCCCAAGUCCUCUCUAUGCUUAUCGAACCUCUCAAGAUCAAUUGAAAUGUCGGUUUUCAGAGUAAUUGCUCAACAGUUUCAGAGUACCAACUCAAUAUUUGAAGCAAUUUAAUGGUGCUUGUUUAAGUAGAAUAAUCAGCUUCUUUCUAGUUUGGGUAUAGACUGGAGAGGUUUAGUUCAACCUAUCGGACCCUCCACAGGUCUCACCAAAUAAUUUGAGUCUUUUUAGAGUAAUUAUUGAGUAGUUUUGAAUUUUCAGUAUAGUUUGAGUGUGUUUAUUUAGUUUAAAUUAAUGACAGAUGUGUGUAUGUUUGCAUAAUAAAUAAACAUUGUGC